AUGACUUUCAACGUCUUCCUUACCGGCCUUCUCGCUGCCACCGCUGCUGCCCUCCCCCACUCCGCUCGAUCCGGGGAAUCCGGCGCCGUUGAGACCCGCGAUUCCAGCAGCGGCAGUCUUCAGAUCGUCAACAACAUGGGUACCAACGUCUACCUGUGGACCACCUCAUCUGAGGCUGGCACUAUGCAGACCAUCAGCACCGGAGGUGACUACAGCGAAGGCUGGACCACCAACUCCGAUGGUGGCGGUAUCUCCAUCAAGAUGUCCACCAGCGAGAGCGAGGAGAGCGUCCUUCAGUUCGAGUACACCCAGGAUGGUGACACCCUUUACUGGGACAUGUCCUCCAUCGAUCUUGACUCUACUUCCGAGUUUGUCAAGUCGGGCUUCACCGUUGUCCCCAGUGACUCGAGCUGCAAGACUGUCUCGUGUGCCGCUGGCGAUGCGGACUGCAAGGAUGCUUACCAGCUCCCAGAUGACGUGAACACCUACUCUUGCUCCCUGAGCGCCGGUUUCACUCUGACUCUGGGAUAA